CGGAAAAAAUGAAGCCAUGGACAGCGACAACGCGCAAGAGAUAUAGAUUGGUAGACGCCAGGCUUGUCGAUCCAAAAGAUGGCGGUGUACACGAGAAUGUCACGAUAGAUAUCAAAGAUGGCGUCAUUCACCGCAUGACUAAACUCAGCUCAAAGCCCUCGCCAGGCGAUGAAGUCCUUUCCUGGACGCAUAACGAGCCGGUCGAUAUUGUCAACCUCGAAGGCAGAUAUGUCGUACCAGGCCUGAUCGACUGCCAUGUCCAUCUUGCCACGCCUCCCGGAGAAGAUGGCCUCAAAGAUACCAUGAACCAAGACCCGAACACUGCGCUCCUUCGCCAACCGUAUCUGGCAUAUGAGAUGCUCAAACGCGGCUUUACUUCCAUUCGUGAUUGUGGAGGAGCCGGACUCGCCAUGAAAGAGGCCUUAGCGGAAGGUUUACAUCCUGGCCCGCGACUCUUCAUUUCUGGUCAUGGAAUAUCGCAGACUGGAGGUCACGGCGACAUGCGAUCGUCCAAAGACGAAGAGUACCAGUGCUGCGGUGGCAACACCAGAGGGCUAGGUCGAAUCGCAGAUGGUGUAGAUCAGUGCCUGCACGCGGCUCGCGAGGAGAUCAGACAAGGCGCAGACUUCAUAAAAAUUAUGGCAAGCGGUGGUGUGGCAUCCAACACGGACAAGCUUACGAAUCUCCAAUACACCCCAGAAGAGAUUCGUGCAUUUGUGAGGGUCGCGAGCGAUUCUCAAACCUUCGUGACUGCUCACGCAUACACCCCUGCUGCUAUACAGAAUGCUGUCGCCAAUGGCGUGCUAGGUGUUGAACAUGGAAAUCUGAUUGAUGAACCGACGGCGAAGUUACUUGCGGAGAAAGGCGGUUUUCUUACUCCAACACUGAUUACUUACGAGGCUAUGGCAUCCCGCGAGUUCGGUAAUUUCUUACCUCCGAGUAUUGCCGCCAAGAACGCGAAAGUACUGGAAGCCGGAUUGGCCUCGAUACAGCUUGCAGAUCGGUGUGGCGUCACCAUGUGCUUUGGUACAGAUCUUUUAGGACCGCUGCAAGUGAUGCAGAGUCGUGAAUUCAAGCUUCGGAAACAGGCCGGGCUUUCGCCCUUGAAGAUCCUUCAAAGCGCAACUGUCAAUGCAGCACGAAUGCUCAGGCAGGAUGAGAAGCUCGGCAGAGUGAAGGAAGGCUUCGCUGCAGAUCUUUUGAUCCUGAAUGCGAAUCCGCUCGAGGACAUCGAGGUGUUGGUUCGACCAGAGAAGCACCUUUUGGCGGUGAUUAAAGAUGGCAGAGUGCUUUGCAGCAGAUGGUCCAAGUUACGGCUAGAUCUUGGCCAGACUGCCUUGAUUGAGUAAAAGCCCAUACGUGGAGGGUGAUUUCGAAGCAUGGACUAUUCGCCAUUCUCAAGUAUUAAAUGGCGCGACUGGGUCCACACUGAUGUCCAGAGCAUCCAAUCUCCAAAUCUCGAACAUCAUUGCCUCUUU